CCUAACCCAAUCGUCACACCACCAAACGCGAAUCAGAUCGCCAAGGGAACGAAACACCGUCCCCUUACCCCAAACACAGAAAACAAAACAGAAAGAAAAGAGAAGAGAAAGAAAAGGAGAUUUGCGAAAAUGGACAUCCGCCUCCUGCGCCCCAGCGACAUCCCCCACGUCCAGCUCGCCAACAUUACGAAUCUGCCCGAGAACUACUUUUGCAAGUACUACCUCUACCAUGCCAUGAGCUGGCCGCAGUUGAGCUACGUGGCUGUCGAUGUCUCGCGCCCGCAAAAGUCGCCCUACGACCCGCCCAAGAUCGUCGGCUACGUGCUCGCCAAAAUGGAAGAAGAGCCUGCCGACGGCGUGCCCCACGGCCACAUCACCUCGCUGUCCGUCAUGCGCACCCACCGCCGUCUGGGACUGGCCGAGAAGCUGAUGCGCCAGAGCCAACGCGCAAUGGCCGAGACAUUCGAUGCAUCCUACGUCUCGCUGCACGUGCGCAAAUCCAACACGGCAGCGCUGCAUCUCUACCGCGAAACACUCGGGUUCAGCGUCGAAAAGGUCGAGGCAAAGUACUACGCCGACGGCGAGGACGCGUACAGCAUGCGCAUGGAUCUGUCGCAGGUGCCGCGGGACAGCGUCGCGGAGAGCGAGGGCGCGGAUGAGGGCGAGGCCGUGGGGAGCGAGAGGGUGCAGAAGGUCGCUAUUGGACGGCAGAGGGGGGUUGCAGAUCUGGUUGAGGUGGUGGGGGGGAGGGAAGUUGCCGCCUAGUCGAAUGGAUGCGCUUGAACCGUUUAGUAUGCAGCGCAAUGGAAUUGCAGA